AUCAUCUUUGAUCAUAUCCCCCUUGGUCCAAUUUACACUGCUUAGAAGUUCCAAAUCCGGUGUCAAGCAGCUGAGCGCUCUUAUACCUCUCUACAAAUCGAUCUUGAACGUAUUCCAAGCUCACAACUUUCCCAUAUCCCUCCCCCCUCGAGCUAGGAACCAUCUCUAUCCCGCCGCUACUUUCUUUUUUAUCUCCUCGCUCUCACGUCAACGUUUUCUACCAUGGCCAUGGACUACGAUGCGUAUGAUGCACUCCUCCAUCACAUAUUCAAGCAGACUCAGGGUGAUGCUUGGUUCAAGCCAUCCGAGGAGAAUAUCUCUGCCGGGGUCUGUCUCCGUGUUGAACCUGGUCACUUCCGCGUCUUUCCCUACGAAAACAGCUACCUAGCGCCUUUCGAGGCAGCGGUGCGACUGUUAAAUCCCGUCGUCGCUGUCAAAGUGAGGAGUGCUGCAGUCCAUGCUGCAUUGGCAAUUGUCCCCGAAGAUGCAUCUGCUAUUUAUGUCGAUCAUAACACACGCAUUCAGAUAGUAGCUUCCAUGUCUAUGGUGCCAAGAGCCGAAAAGGAACAAUGCGGAGCCUUUGUCCGGGACGAAGCUGUUCUCAUUCUCUGGUCCGACAACUUGGACAGCAUCAUACCCUUGUGUCGUGACUUUGAGGAAAAGCUGAUUAAGCUUGUCUGGAGACAACGCGCCGCUAUCUCCGCAGCCCCCUCUGAGAUCAUACCAUCAACCGUACCGUCGCAUGACAACUUGCUAGCAACAAAGGAAGAAACCACAGAAGAAAUACCUGUCACUGAGAAAGAACUUUCAAAUCGGAAGCCAAAGCCCAAAUCGUCAUCGUCAUUCUGGAAGAUCUUCAGCUGGAGCACAACUCGUCAAGAGCACCAAGGCGACCCCGAGAAGGGUGCGAAGAAAGUCCGUCGGACCAAGCUCCUGGCGCCCUGCUACAAUGGUUUAGGUUGCGCUUUAUCAAUAUUUUUCAUCGGUACUGGUGCCAGCAUGCUCCUGCAGGAGUCCAUGCUUGAUGGCCAGUGGAUUCGGUUCUGUCUGCUCGUCACAGCCCCACUGUCAUUCUGUGUUUCUUUGUUUUUCUCUCUUCAAAUUAUCGGCAAUAUCGGCAUGAUUAUCGGUCCCGUCUCCCAGUACUAUGAAAACUCACGUUACUACUCUGCCACCAAACCCGAGGAGGACAAGGAUGUCGAUGCGGCUCUUCCUCAUGUUACUAUCGAGCUUCCUGUCUACAAAGAAAGUCUUGACCAAACAAUCGCACCGUCUGUGUACUCACUCAAAAAGGCCAUGCAGACAUAUGCACGCCAGGGUGGAACAUCUUCGAUCUUUGUCCAUGACGACGGUCUUCAGCUCCUUUCGGAGGAGGAACGCGCGGAACGCAUUGCUUUCUACGCUGAUCACAACAUAGGCUGGGUCGCACGCCCUCCUCACGAGUCCUCUCCAGAUGGGUUCAAACGUGCCGGUCGGUUCAAGAAGGCGUCGAAUAUGAACUACGGGCUCACGCUUAGCUUGAAACUCGAGAAACAUCUCAAGACACUCCUUGAAGCAGAAGAACUAGGGGAGCUAGAGGACGAUGGCCAAAUUCUGGAGGAUCGCGCUUUGAAUAUGGCUUGUGAAGAACUCUUCAUGGAAAGUGGUGAGAAAUGGAAGCCGUGGGCUUGUAAUGGCAAAUCUAUCAGAAUGGGAGAGAUCAUCUUGCUUGUCGAUUCCGAUACCAUUGUGCCCGAGGAUUGUCUUCGUGAUGCUGCACGUGAACUUGCAGAGAGCCCCGAGGUCGCGAUCAUUCAGCACGAAUCAGAUGUCAUGCAAGUCGCGAACCACUACUUUGAGAAUGGUAUUGCCCACUUCACUAGGCGAAUCAACAAGUGUAUCUCCCUUGGUUGUGCGAAUGGUGAAAUAGCUCCUUUCGUGGGACACAAUGCUUUUCUUCGUUGGUCGGCGCUCCAAGAUGCCGCGUUUGUAGACCAGGAGGAUGGGAAGACGAAGAUUUGGUCAGAAUCAAAUGUGUCCGAGGAUUUCGACAUGGCUUUGCGACUUCAGCUCAAGAAGUACACCAUUCGGUGGGCGACAUACUCUGAGGGCGGCUUCAAGGAAGGUGUAUCGUUGACGGUCGACGAUGAAUUGAAUCGAUGGCAAAAAUAUUCAUACGGCUGUAGCGAGUUGAUUUUCAAUCCCCUUGUUCAAUGGUGGAGGAAAGGCCCCAUCAACAAACAGCUGCGAAUUUUCGUGUGGUCCAAUGCACCGGUCCAUUACAAGAUUAGUAUGAUGGCAUAUAUGUUUUCCUAUUAUGGUAUCGCAGCCUCGGCGCUUUUGUCGGUCCUCAACUAUAUCCUUCUUGGCCUGGCAUUUGAAACGGAUGGCUACUAUCUACACAGCUUUGAAGUCUUUCUCGCGAUUCUGGCCGUGUUUCCUGGAUCAGGCAACGUCGGUUACAUUCUUCUUGAAUACAGACUUGGGCACCGUAGCAUAUGGGACUCGCUUGUUGAGACUUGCACAUGGAUCCCUUUCUUCUUUUUCUUCUUUGGUGGUCUCAGUGUCCACCUUACCACCGCUCUUUUGGCUCACAUGUUCUCAUACAACAUCACUUGGGGAGCAACAAAAAAGGAAGUCGAACGUUCGAAUUUCUUCAUCGAAGUGCCUCGAAUUCUCAAGCGCUUCUGGCUCGCGUUCGCCCUGUCCUUUGGUACCUUCGCUAUGAUCUUUAUCUUCAGUCUCUCUUCCAUUGUCGGCCUGGAUUGGCAGAUUCCGGGUACUUACUGGGCAGUUAUCCUCCCUCUUGCGCUCGUCGCUGGGAGUCACAUUCUUUUCCCUAUUGUCCUUAAUCCGUGGUUGAUGAUUUUCUCGUAUUGAGCGGCGGUCGCUGUUUGCUUGUGUUGGAAUCUGAAAGGACUAUUUGCCAGCAUACUACUUUUUCUUGACGUGACAACUCUAUGAUAGAGGUAUCAUACAAAGGGUUAAUUGUAUCAUCCAAUCAUUUAUUCGCUGGUGACAUUAUCAGUUGUACAUAGCACACACAGUAUGGGAGUACCUACAUAUUUACUUUUACUAUUUUAUCGAUCAUUUCUUGCAUAGAUCGUAUCAAUCUGAUAUUCAUAGACGACUUGUUCCGAACACGAUGAAGCAAUGGUGACUUGUUCCGAACACGAUGGAGCAGUGCUGACUUGAUGAUCAUGUUGGAAAUAUCUUACCGAUGUUUGUUGCCAAUCUGCGAUCAUGACAGGUAUUAGUGUG